AUGAAAAGAAAAAACAAAGUGAAACCACAGGAAGCCUCUGACUGGAAAAGAAAGCAUGGUUUUCAGCCACCUUUGCAUCCUCAACAGAUAAUAGGAUGGAGCCUUCUAUUUUUUGCUGCUUUCUUUGUUCACACUAUUCAGAUCCCUUCAUUGCCAUUGCCCUUUCAAAUUCCUCUACAACCCCUACUUGCUCUACUUUUGGCUAUUCUUCUUGGUUCAAUGCUGGUCACCUCGCUGUCUAAUUGUGAAGACCUUGGGAGUAAGGCAAAUAAGUUCAAUGCACAAAAAUGCCAAUGGUGUGAUGUAAUCCUCUCCAGUUUGCAAACCAAGCAUUGCAGCUUAUGCAACAAGUGCAUUGAAGGUUUCGACCACCAUUGCAAGUGGCUUAACCAAUGCAUUGGCAGCCGAAAUUAUAGUCACUUUGUGACAUCAAUCACAAGUGCCUGCAUCUUGUGUGUUAUCAUUUGCCUGUUAUGUGUUGUGGAAAUCAGUUUACUGUACACCUGCAAGAUAAGUCAGACCUGCAUCAAUCCUCUUUUCCUGAAUACUAAUCUCGAUCCCAUUCUAUUUACCUUUUUGUCGAUGAUUUUCUUCUUUUUGAGCGCAUUCGGAAGUGGUUUACUGAUUCAUUUAUGUGCCUUUCACGCGUACAUCAAGUGGAACGGUUGGACAACCUAUGAGUACAUACGACGACAGUUAGACAAGGAAUUAAACUCGUAUCCUCCAAAUUACCUAGUGAAAAAUUCCAAAAAGCGAUGGUGGAGUCAGUUCCCUUGCUUUGCUUGUUAUACAUCUUGCCGUGGCCAGACGAACCGCGAACAGUCAAAUCUAGCCUCACCAAUCUUCACUGUAUCAAGCGGUUUAAUGGGGGUAUCUAGUCUUCUGCUUCGUCACCCUCGCAACAACAUGAUUUCCGUUUACCCUUCCACGCCUUCCGCCAUCCAGCCCUACGACCAUCAAAUCAGUCCUCUUUCCAAUUCUAAUAAGCUUUGUAAACAAACGCCCAAAUUGCCUAAAAUUAUUCGCACUUCGCCUAGUGAAGACGCGUCCCACGAAUCAUGGACUAACUUGAAAAUGCGUGAGCCCUCCACGUCUGUAGAACAUUUGUUGAAACCCGCCUAA